CCUCCUUGCCUCACUCCGCCUGGGAAAGUGGGUUAGGAAGGGAGCUCAGCGCUCAGAGACUGCACAGCCACUCGCAGGAGCAUCCACACGCGGAGGGGAAGCACACAGGACUCUUCUUUUUCAUUUUCGUUUUUUAACCAUCACUCCAGACAGGUUUAAUUAUUUUUUUACGUCUGCUUUUUUUUCCUCUUGCUUUGUUUUGAUCUCUUCCCCAAGCACCCCAUCCCCUUCUUUUUGUUGGAGACUUUUGGUCAGACUUUUUUUGGAAAAAAUUAUUUUAGCUAAGUCAGCACAAGACUGAAAAGACCGAGAGAAAGUGGCAGCUAAGAGACUGCAAAAUCACCUCUUCCUGGGGUUCUCCAGCAGAGACAGAGUUGUACAUUAUUUUUACUGUGUUUUCACAUACAGCUCUCUAGCUCUCUAUCUAGCCAUAUACACGUGCAGAGAGAGACAAGUACAUACACUGAAACUCAACCAGCCCAACCAUGGGAGGAAGGGCUCAGCCUGAUCGGAAACAAUUACCGUUGGUCCUACUGAGAUUGCUUUGCCUUCUCCCUACAGGGCUGCCAGUCCGCAGCUUGGAUUUUACCCGAGGCACCGAUAACAUCACCGUGAGGCAGGGGGAUACGGCCAUCCUCAGGUGUUAUGUAGAAGACAGAAGCUCCAAAGUGGCCUGGUUAAACCGUUCUGGCAUCAUUUUUGCUGGACAGGACAAGUGGUCCCUGGACCCUCGGGUAGAACUGGAGAAACGAACCCCUCUGGAAUACAGCCUCCGGAUCCAGAAAGUGGACGUCUAUGAUGAGGGGUCCUAUACAUGCUCAGUGCAGACACAGCAUCACCCCAGGACUUCCCAGGUUUAUUUGAUUGUGCAAGUUCCACCAAAGAUCUCCAAUAUCUCCUCGGAUGUCACUGUGAAUGAGGGCAGCAACGUGACCCUGGUGUGCAUGGCAAAUGGACGCCCCGAGCCUGUCAUCACCUGGAGACACCUCACUCCGACAGGAAGAGAAUUUGAAGGCGAGGAAGAGUACCUGGAGAUCCUAGGGAUCACACGGGAGCAAUCUGGCAAGUACGAGUGCAAAGCUGCCAAUGAAGUUUCCUCGGCAGAUGUCAAGCAAGUCCGGGUCACUGUGAACUACCCUCCCACUAUCACUGAAUCUAAGAGCAAUGAAGCUGCCACGGGACGGCAAGCCUUACUCAAGUGUGAGGCAUCAGCAGUGCCCACGCCUGAUUUUGAGUGGUACAGAGAUGACACCAGGAUAAACAGUGCCAAUGGCCUGGAGAUCAAGAGCAUGGGGAGCCAGUCCCUCCUGAUGGUGGCCAAUGUCACUGAAGAACACUAUGGCAACUACACCUGUGUGGCUGCCAACAAGCUGGGAGUCACAAAUGCCAGCCUAUACCUUUACAAGCGAGUUUUACCCACACUCCCCAACCCUUUUCCAGGACCUGGCACAGGGAGAGUAGACAACGGUUCAAUGAGUUUGGCCGUACCACUGUGGCUGCUGGCAGUGUCCCUGCUCUGCCUACUUAGCAAAUGUUAAUAAAAUCAAAUUAAAAAAACCCAACAACAACAGCAACAAUAACAACACACAAAACAAAGCGCGUCAUACAGGAGACAGAGCGAAAAAAGAGGGGGAGAGAGAGAGGACUGGUUCUUUCACAACUUUUAUGUGUUCAGGAGCAAAGGGGGGGGGCGGAUUACAGCGAAGACGAAUCAGCAACAUUUAUUCCGAAUUAUGACAAGACGUCUGUCAAGCCAUCGACCACCCGGGAAGUGACAUGGAGAGCAGGAGAGAACGGGGUGCUGGGUGGGGACCGCGUUGUGCCAAAGACGCCGAGAUGUAAAAAAAAACACCCAACCAACCAGAUUUCUUGUUUUCCCCCUUCUUUCCUUAGUCCUCUUUCUUUCGUCUUCUGAAAGAGAAGGUCUUUGCUGUGAUGUUUAUAGCCACUUAACCCCUUGAUUCCCUUGGCCAUUUGGUGAGCUGACUCUCCACCAGUUCAGACUUUUGGAAAGCAGUAAUCCAGAUCCCUUUUGCAUACUGGUGUCCCACGAAGAAACCCCACGCCUCCUCCCCCCGUCCCUUGCACCCUCGUUGGCCCCUCCCUUAUGUCCCUUCUCCUCCAGUACCUCCCUCUCUGCCCUGAGCUCAAGCUAUGUUGACUAUGCUACAAACACACUGUUUUUAUUCUCCUCUUCUCCCCCUGUAUUUGGCCGGGUGUCUCUGUCUCCCGUGUGUGUCUGUGUGUGUGUGUGUCUCUCUCUCUAAAGCAUGCAAAGAGAAUGGUCCAUAUGUACAUAAGCUCAUCAUGCUGUAGAUAAAGUUCUGCACCGUAAGUGUGAGACAUGGUGCUGAGAGAUCACUUGAGCAGAUGUGGGGGGCGGGGAGCGCGUCAGUUGUGGCACUGGUUCAGAUGGGACCCUGUCCCCCAGCUGGCUUUUGCCUUGACAUCCUCCUGGCCGUAUUGUUUGGAAGCGUCAAUCUCCAUACUUUUUUAACCGUUCUCUGAUCAACCCCACCCAGCUGACACUCAGCUGUAGUGCAUCAGAAUAAUGGCUCCUGCUUCAUGUCUGUGGUUGUGUGUAUGUCCAAACAGGUAGAAAAUCAAUGUGACUGAUCUGUAGAACCAUAGAUGGCAGCACUUCGAGAGCACUGCUCCAGUACCCACUCCUGGGGGGUUUGGGAAGAGAGGUAAUCAGCGAGGUAACUUGGGCUUUACUGAUCUUCUGCACCUGUAGGUAUGGCAUGGCCAUUAAAUAUCUCUUAACAGAAAAGCCUCCAAGUGGUAAUCCAUAACCAUUCAGUUUGGCUAUAGAAAUGAACCUUUUGUCCCUCUGACCUCCUUGUUACAAUCAAAGCAAACCUGUAAAUGUCUCUCUCGGCCACCAUGAAAAUACCUAGACGGAGCUUCUUUAAUUUUAUGCUUUAAAGAAAAUUCAAAUUGGUUCAGAAAGUGGCCAGAACUUGGGACUGUAAAAAAGCUGGGGCCAAAAUUCUUGGCAUACAAGAAAGAAGCUUUGGGUGGCGCAUUGAAGAGAGUUACAAGGGGAUACACAGUGUGGGGAGGAGUAUUUUAUUGACCAGUAUGUAACACGUCAAGGUUGCUAAGGUUGUUUCUAGACAUCCUUGCCCUCUGGAUGGUCAGAGGAGGAGGUAGUUGAUGAAAGAAACUCUAGUGACACCUGCUGGAGAAGAGGUGGUGGAUCUCAGAGUAGGUCACUUGAAAGAGAGUUAUUGAAAUGCUACCUAUCUGCUGGAAUCUGCCAUUUCAACAACAGGUCCUGCAGGAUGUGAUGUAAGCAAUGGGACACGUGCAAAUCUGAAGAGCUUCACAUAUCCCAUUGGCUGUACUGAUCAUCUGUGAAAGGGGACAGCUGGGUUAAUGCACCAGUGUUUGUAUCUGGCAACCUGUGUUUAAAUACGCCUACGGUCACAAGUGCCAUGAUCUGGGUGUCCACAGCAGAAGAUGUGUUGGGACUGCCAGUCCCUUCUCUUUUUCAGCAGAGCCUCUAGAACUGGUUUAGCAGCGGUGCUGUGGGUCAGGAUUUAGGAGCUGCGCAGUGGCCUUUACUGUGUCCUACUCCAAUUUCCUAGGCAGUAAAAAUUCGCUUCUUUCCACCCCACCCCCCACAAAUAAAUACAAUUCAGAUCUGCCUGGAAUUUGCUGUAAAAACUUAGGGGAGGUAGGACGGAAAUCUCUCUGGCUUGAGCAGGCUUAAGAAAGGGGAGACUGAUCACCAGAAAGCAAUGAGUUAAUUCUGUUUUGUGUUUCAGUCCUUCCCUUUACUCAGCUGAGACAAAAUCUGCAAGAGGCUCCCUAUUAUUCAGGGCCCGCUCAACACGGCAGCGCUUACCUUGAUCAAGCAGCUCAACAGCACGGCCUCUUUUCUGCUGAGCGAGGCAGUUUUGGGGCAGAGACAGACAAUCAAUUAAAGAGGCAGCCUGGCGUCUCGCAGCCAAUAAGACUUGCAGAUAAAUAUUAGUCUUUGAGUGUCUUUUAGGGGAGGAGAGCAGAGAAACGGGCCUGCAGGAUGUCACCAGUCAAGGGAAGGGGGUUUUCCCCCAUCCCUCAAGGUAUGUGCUCAGCUCAAGGUGGGCUCUGCUGUGUUUUGGGAUACUGGAGAAUAAUCCCCACAAAAAUCACACCCCAGAAUAUGUGUGUGUGCUCCCUGAUAACAGGUAUGACACCAUCACUGCUUGGGAGGGGCUUGAAAUCAUUCAGUGACCCAGAGUGAGGGCUCAGCUUUUGUUCUCUGGCGCAAGGGGCUAGGCGUUGUAACCUCUCCCGGUGGGACUGAAUCCAGUGGGGACAGACAAUGAGGCACAGACCUUCAGAGGUAUGUAGGCGCCUGGCUCCCGUUGAACUCACUGGGCAUUAGGCACCUAAAUACCAUUGAGAAUCUGGGCCUUAUCCUGUAAGUGACCUACUGACCAUAAGCCCUGCAGAGUCUCUUAGGACGGGAGCCCUCUAGCCCCUGCUGGUGAUUCUUUCUGAGUCUGAUGGGUUUUGCUGUAGGGAGGGGAGUGAUUCUACAAGUCCAGUAGCAGAUAUUGCACUUGGGGGACGGACUAUGCACCAGCUCCCACAUAUUGGCUCAUUUGAUAUUGUAGGGUUGCUCAGAGGUGGUGGGCUGCCCGCCCUGAUUUGUUACUGCAGGGAGAAUGUCAAGGGUUGUUUAUGAGGACUGGGCUGAACACAUUGUUUCAUCAGUGUAGGAUUGCUCAGGAGUGCUGAGCUGUACACACUGGUUUGUUAUUGUAGGGUCACUGAUGAGUUCGGAGCAGCACAUAUUGCUGUGUUAUUGUACGGUUGUUCAUGAGCACUAGGCAGCACACAGCGGUUUGUUAUUGUAUGGUUCCUCACAAGUAUUGGGCUACUGGCAGUGAAUUGUUUUAAAUGUUUUUAGAAAAAAGAGCAUGAAGCUUUUGUUUUGGGGAAAAAAACCACACACAACAACAACAACAAAAAUCCCAGACUUUUGGAACAGAAAAAGACAAAGAUGGUUGGGAGGAACCAUUCUGUCUAGUGGUUAGAGCUGAGGUCUGCCAGUUAGGACUCCUGGGUUCUACUCCUGACUGUGCCCCUGACUCUUUGAGUGAGUCUGUGCCUCAGUUUCUCCUCUGUAAAAUGGGGCUGGGGCGCUGGCUUUGGGGAGCUCACAAACAUUGCAGUCCCAGCUUUUCUCAGCAGGACACAGUGUAGGAACUCUGGGGGGUAAUAAGAUUCACUCUCCAAUACAACUGCUGAAAGGCAUGAUCAGUAGCGUUGGAAUAAUUUGUAUAGUGGGUGCGUGGGGAGCCAUUGAACCAAACUGUGAACCCUGGAUAUGAUGGAAACCACUUCAAACUCGGGGAUGCCGCUGUACCUCCAGCACCCCUGGGCAUGAUGCAAGUGCAUAGUAUUACAGCUAUUUUGUUUGCUUCUGGGAUCUCCACUCUUGACAGUGUCUGUCCCUUUAACUUGAGAGCUGGGGUGGGGGAAUACUUAUUUAAUUUUUUUAACUGACCCAAUCCUGCGAGUUGCUGAGCAUCUCCUGAGAGGUCCUGAGCACCCACCAUUUCCAUUGAAGUCAAUGAGGGUUGCACAGCGCCUCCCAAGAUCAGGGCCAUAGUGAAGAAGGGAAAAGGCAUUUUCCUUGAUCAUUUCUUCAGCCCUGUGGAUAAUUACGUUGAAAAGCCAUAUCCGCCAGUGCAGAGCCUUUCUCCUGAGGCCACCCCAAUGGCCCUGCUUCUCUGGCCCCCUCUCCCCCCUCCUCAAAAUCCACUCACGUGUUUGCUGCCCUGCCCCUCAGUGGGAUUUGGAAUGGGACACCAGGUCCUUGAGAGGUGUAAUUGUGUUUGAUUGAUGGAGGUUUAACAUUUAGUGGUAUUAAAAAAAAAGAGAUUGUUUUUCUUCCACGAGUUUGUAAAUAUACGAGAGUGACAUGAAAUGGCCCCUAAUGUCCAAGCAGCGGAACAAACGCUUCAAUUUAAUAUAUGGCCCCUCACUGGCUCGCAGAUUUCUAACCCUUUUCAGGUUACCAGUGGGCGGGGGCAGGGGGGCAACUUUCUGAAAGGAAAUGAACGGUGUGAACGCAGCCCUCUGGGGCCACCUGAACGCCAUACAUGAUUGCAGCGUGUUGUCUGUAUGUGUCUGGCUGGGUGAAGAAUGAAGCAAUGCAUGGCUGUGAAAUGCUGGGAAGGUGGGCGUGAAAAUCUCCAGUUAACGCAGGUAUCUCAGCAUUAUGAGCCUUUUCCAGACCACAACUUCCAGACACGUAGAGUAGCAAUGUAGACCCCUGCUGUCUCCACCAACAAAGUUGUGUGGACCAGGGUUACCAUCAGGGUCAUGUUAACAGUGACAUUAAACAGGUUUUUUGGUUCUUUGUGUAAACUGAUUUACAGCCUGAGUUUACACCCCUUUACAUCGCAUUUACUGUUCAGGAAUCAGGGGCAAAAGCCAAUUUUCUCCCAUGCCAGACCAAGAGUCAAUCACAGAAUGUUCAGAAGUCCACCCACCUACCCACCCCUGUUUCAAUGCUCAGAUUGGAUUUCAGAUACAGAUGCAUCCAGUCCAUGCACCUACGUACCUUUCUGAGCAUCCAAUUAAGGUGCCCUUGUUUCAAAACUGAGGCCAUGGCAUUAACUUAGUAAACUUCAUUUUUCACACAUUUUCCAGGCCAUGUAGAAGUAGCAAGUCUGGAAGGAAAUUUGGGGCAAUGACCGAGGAUUCAUGGGCAUUUGGGGGAGUGGAGCUGGGGAGAGUUUAACCUCACUCUCAGCCCUUCCACAAGAAGACAUUUUGGUCAGGCCUUCACAUAUUGCUUAUUUCCUUCACAUUGUCUUAUGAAGGAAUCCAGGUGUGUAGUAAGGAAGUGUUUCCUCUCCCAAGUCUAAUAGUACAAUCCAUGUCCUCUGCUCCAACCCCACUGACCCAUGGCCAAAAUCUCAUGGUGCUUGACAUCACACAGCAAACCACACCAAAUGGUGCCAUGGAAUACAGUCUUGGGGAGGUGAGGCAGAGCUGGAAGUUCUAAGUCUCCCUCCUGAGGGUGGCAAAAGCUUAUUUCAUUUUUGACAAGUACACAGAAAAGACUGUGAAAAGAGGCCCCUCCCGUGAGGAGCAGAGUGGUGGGGGCAGGAAGAGAGAAUUAAACUAGGAGAUGGUCUCCCAGGCUAUGUCGUUAAUAAAAAAGUUAGGGCCAUGUGCUGUUCGCAAUCCAUGCACAGAAUUCCCAGCCACAUCAAUGAGGAAGACCAUUGGCUCUCAGCAUUGUUUCAAAGGGGUAUAUUUCCAG